CUUCACUGUAGACCCUCCUCUCAGCUCCCGCUUUGUUGUGGACUCAAAUCAAAGAUGGCGGCUGGCGCCGUUUAAACCCGGCCAUCAGCAAAGCGGAAACCAGGGGCUGUCGUCGGUAAUACAGCCGGCUAUCUGUAGCCCAUCCCGGGCUGUCGGAUUUCGUGCACUUCAGACAAGGGAGAGUCGGACCCCGGAGGAGCCAAGGGGGUGUGUUUGUGUAUCCUUUCGAAAGGAGGCGGGAAAUGGCCACUCGAUUAACGACGAACAUCAGCUUGACUUUUAAUUUUAGCGGAAACGGCUUCCGGGUGAUGAGACGCAAAACGUCAGGCGAUUUUCACAGCGCGAUAAAAACAAAAAAAACAACAACAGAAAACAUACAGCAGUAUUAUUACCUUUCUCACCGUCUCCGCCAUGUCCAUGUUCAUCUGACACAUACAGUGGCAGCACUCUCUUGGUAUUAAUUUCCUGAAUUAGCGAAGUUACAGUGGUAUACUGUUAUUGUACAGCAGACAUGGACUCGGGGAAAAACCCCUUUGCCAGAUCUUUAAGUGUGAAGUUUUUUUGUCCCACCUAAUUUCCCCUACACACACCACGAAUAUUACACUUAUAUGUAACUCAAACUGCUAGAGCUUGAAAAUAAGUAGGAAUUUUAAAACGCACUUUUGUUAACAUAAGUAUAUACACUUUGUAGAAAAAAGGCCAGUGGCACCAGUUUGUUCUCUUGAGGAAGUUUUUUUAUUUUCCAAGAUUCCCCUGGGCCCCUUGUCUGCUUACAGCUUUUGGAAUAAUUGCCACCAUUCUCAUUUACAUAACAUCUCCAUCAUUGAUUCUUAGGGUGGAUCAUGGCUCUAGUCUUGUGAGCAACAUUUUGGUGCCUUUUUUGUGUGCUGAAUUCUACCAAGAAUCUUUCAGAUUUCCCCAGAAAGAUCAACUGCAAACUUCCAUCCAUUCAUUUUCCAUACUGCGUAUCCUACACAGGGUCACAGUGGAGCCUGGAGCUUAUCCCAGGGAACUCAGGGCACAAGACUGAUUGUUGAAACCUAGUCAGUGACUGACAGCUGCAUAUGGAAUUUGAAGAGAUAAAACGGAAAGGUGUAAUGGAGAUGUCGAGUAUAGAAGGAGAGGCAGGUCUGGUGGCUGGUCGCAGUCAGAGGGAGAAAAAGCGCUCAUACAAAGAUUUAUUGAGAGAAGAGGAAGAAAUAGCCGCACAGGACUCUGAGUUGAUAGUGACAGGUGGAGAUUUACACAAAAAGAAGAAGAAGCACUCCGGUGAUGAGCACCAUUAUAAAGACCACCAUGGCUCAGGGCCACCUCAUAAGAAGAAGCGCAAGUCCUCAGAACGCUCACCUUCACGCUCGUCUUCAUGCUCCUCGCAGCCAGCCCACUCUGCAGAUACUGCUAUGGGCCUCUUGCAGGCCAUCACCUCACCGAUGGCCACAGGAUCCGAGCCUGGCCCUAACUUCCACAAAAAACCCUCUUACCCUCCUCACUCCUCACAUUCCUCCUCUAAAGAUCGCAAGCGUGAGGGUGGCUCCAAGAGUAGCCUCUCUUUCUCCCACUCUUUCUCUCAUUCCCGCCAUCCAAGUUCAUCUAAGAAGCAUUCCUCCUCGUCUUCCUCCAAGUCGUCAUUGUUCCAUUCCGGAGCAGGGAAGGGUGAGCCGCUUACACUGCGAGAUGGUGAGGGCUUGAAAAUGAAGCUCAUCCUUUCGCCCAAGGAGAGGAACGAAGGAGGAGAGUCGACUGAAGGAUUCCCCUUCCCUGCACAUCCGUCUUCAGGGAGCAUGGGACAUCAUUCCUCUUCUGGCAUCAAAAAAAGUGGGCUGAAGAAGGAGAAGGACAGGGACCGAUUGACAACGUCUAAGCCACCAAAGAAGAAACAGCACAGCCGAGAGCCUCUGCCCAUGGUGGGGAAAGAAGUAGAAGUGGAGGGACAGUAUGGUGGGUCUUUGGCACAUGGAGGAGAUUGUUCAUCCUCAGGAGCGGAGCUAGAGGCAGGUGAACUGAUCAUUGACGACUCCUACACACACCUUUCAUCUAAAAAGAAGAAAAAAAGCAAAAAAAGCAAAAAGAAAAAGGACAAAGAGAAGGACAGGGACAAGGAUAAAAGCUCAAAAGAGAAGAAGCACAACAAAGGAGGAAAUGCAGAAAAGAAAAUAUUUAAAGGGGACUCAUCCAGAAGUCACUCCCAUUCCCACAGCUCGUCCAAUCACAGUACCUCAUUAGGGACAUAUGCUAUGGCUCCAGCGAUCACCUUGCAUCAUCAUCAUCAGGGUGCUGACCUGAUAAUGGUGAAGAAGAAAAAGAAGGAGGAGAAGGAGAAGGACAAGCAUGAUAAAGACAAGAAAAAGAAGAAGAGUACGACAGCUUAUCAGGUGUUCUGUAAAGAGUACAGGGCCAAUAUAAAUGCGGAACAGCCUGGACUUGUGUUUGGGGAGCUGAGUAAGAAGCUUGCAGAUGUUUGGAAUCAUUUACCUGAAAAAGACAAGCAGGUCUGGAAGCAGAAAGCUCAGUAUCUGCAGCAUAAGCAAAUUAAAGCUGAUGCCACUACCGUCAAACAGAAGACUUCCUUAUCAGAGAACAAAAUCAAGAGCUCCAGUAAGGUUGUGGGUACGGGGGCGGGGUUGACCACUCCAAGCCGCUCUUCUCUGACCAUCCGGGUACCAGAAGUUGACCCUAUAGAUGCUGCUGCCCAUCUGCAGCUCCUUGGGGAGUCCCUCUCUCUCAUUGGACACAGGCUACAAGAGACAGAAGGAAUGGUAGCAGUGUCUGGCAGUCUCUCUGUCCUGCUAGACUCAAUUUUGUGUGCUCUCGGUCCAUUAACCUGCCUCACUGCUCAGGUCCCUCAGCUUAAUGGCUGUCCCCGCAGCGUCUUGUCAAGCACGCUGGACAACAUAGCAUACAUCAUGCCAGGACUAUGAAACUGAAGAAGAGAUGACUUUACACCAAUUGCACUUCAUAAGAAACAGGACUCAUCAAAAACAACCAUGAAACAAAAUGACAAUUUUUGACAGUUUAUUUUUCUUAACAAUGCACCAAUCAGGUCUGGGGCAAAAACAUUGGACAUUUGUAGACGUAGAACUGUUUCUAAAUCUUAAAGUGUUUAAUAUUUUUUAAACUGUAUUUCUUUAAUAUUUUUUAAAAAAAGGAUCAGAAAUCUUAUUCUAGGGAACACGUUUAUGUCAGGUUAUUAGAUUUUAUUGUUUUAUUGUUUAAAUGUGUCCCAAUGAGUGUGUGCAUGUGUGUAUGUUUAUGUGAGCGUGUUGUGUGAAAAUUGCCAUACUUUUAUUAUGUAAAGAGCAAUUUAUUUUUAUGCAGAUGUGUACAGUUUUAUGUCUGGGCCUAAGGCUAUUUUUAUUUUAUUUUAUUAUUUUUUUAUUUAAAGUUAAGUUAAUAGAAGCAAACAGUAGUUUAACUGCAGUAGUCCUUUUACUGCCAAACUGUUUUUAUACUUGUAAAAUGUAAUAUGUUAUCAUUUGUUUAUAGUAAAAGCAUGUAUGAAAUAA